AUGGAUAAUAGACAUCCGCUUAGGAGUGAGGCUUUAAUUAACUACGCAACGUGGUACUCUGGCUGGCACGGCUAUAUCAGUCUGGUAGUAUGUACGUUCGGAAUUAUUACCAACGUUUUCAAUAUAGCAGUGCUAACGAGGAAACAUAUGAAUACCCCGAUAAAUUGCAUAUUGCUGUGGUUGGCCGUCUCAGAAAUAUUCACCAUGAUUUCUUAUGUGCCGUUUGCCUUGCACUUUUAUUGCUUUUAUACGCCGUUUGAUACUUCACCUGAUAGGGAUAGUUUCGAGUGGAUGACAUACAUGCUGUUCCAUAUAAACUUCAGCGCCACCUCACACACCGUGUCUAUAUGGUUGGGGGUUGUUUUGGCAAUAUUCCGGUAUCACCACAUUCAGUCGCCCGCCAAAGGAAACAUCACCCGUAUGAGACGCCUGAUACGGGCUCGCCUUGUUGUGUGUGUUAUAUACGCCUCAUCAGCAAUAGUGUUGAUUCCCAACUACCUGACGAACAGGAUUGAGAGGGUUAACGGUACUGAUAGCAUUUACAGGCUGGAGGACUUACGCCUUGGAAAGCCUGACGUCAAGGAAGUUGUGUUGGCAAACCUUUGGCUGUACGGCCUUCUCGCAAAACUUUCCCCUUGUGUUCUGAUGGUGUUUUACGGGGGAAUGCUUCUGAGGACGUUAAAAAGUCGAAUACGAGCGAAGCGCCAGCGUCUUACGAUCCGCGGUGUAACUAAACCAAUCGACCAUUCGCGGACAACCCGGAUGCUUCUUGCUGUGGUGGUUUUAUUUCUCGUCACUGAAUUGCCUCAAGCUGUUCUAAUUAUUCUCAGCGUCACUGUGAACGACUUCUUCGAGUACAUAUACAUGCCCCUUGGAGACACCAUGGAUAUCGUCGCUCUCAUCAACAACGCCGUCAAUUUCGUGCUUUACUGUACGAUGGGAGAACAAUUCAGGAAAACCUUCCUAGAACUGUUCUGCAAGUUUCGUUUAGCCAGUGACAACAAGCAGCCGAGGAUCCGACUAUCUUCGAACGAUAGCGUCUGUGCCAGCCUUGUCGUGUCAUGA